ACAAAUAUGGCGAACGAGAAGACAGCUCCAGCGCCAGACUCGGUGCAAUGUCCCGUUUGUUUUAAAGACUUCACACCCGCCACAAUUAACGGACAUCUCGACAUAUGUCUGCUGAAAGGCCUUACCGACCACAGCCCGUCCACGGCAGACGAGAGCGGACCUCCCGUAAAGAAAUCUCGCACUGGUACCGAGGCUGUCAACAAAUCUGCGGCCAGCUCCUCAUCCAUGGCUGGAGCGCAGUCACCAGUGAUGUUUUCUCUGUUUCAGAGCAACAAGGGGAAAGCUGCGGUGCAAACUGAACGGAAUAGCUUGUUUACCAGUAAACAAAGUCCUGUCAGUGCUGUCAACAAGGGAGUGAAACGUUUACUGAAUGAGGAAGCGGAGCCUGGACCAACAGGUACGGAGACUCUGACGAGCCAGCAGCCCGCACCUGUAUCAAACGGACAGAGUUUGAAAACGGCAAAACAUUUAUCACCGCGGACCUUGUUUACAACAGACAAGCCUCUGGCAGAGGUGCUGAGACCAGACACGCUGGAGGAAUACUUUGGACAAAGUAAAGUUGUAGGCCAGCAAACUCUCUUCCGGUCACUUCUCGACUCCCAGGAAAUCCCGUCGUUGAUCCUCUGGGGACCUCCGGGAUGCGGAAAGACCACUCUAGCCCACAUCAUUGCCAGCAACAGUAAAAAGAAGGGAACGGCUCGCUUUGUAACUCUGUCCGCCACCAGCACGUCCACCAGUGAAGUCCGAGAGGUGAUCAAGCAGGCGCAGAAUGAGCUCCGGCUCUGCAAGAGGAAGACCAUCCUGUUCAUCGAUGAAAUUCACCGCUUCAAUAAGUCCCAACAGGAUACCUUCCUUCCCCACGUGGAGUGUGGGACAGUAACUCUGAUUGGAGCGACCACUGAGAAUCCAUCCUUCCAGGUGAAUGCUGCCCUGCUGAGCAGGUGCAAGGUGCUGGUUCUGGAGAAGCUGUGUGUGGAGGCGAUGGGAUCGAUCCUGAACAGAGCUGUGGCCACACUUGGGAUCAGAAUCCAGGGACAAGAUCCAGCAAAUCUGAAAGAUCAAGACCAAACAGAUGGCUGCAGACAAAAGAUCUACAUUGAACAAAAAGCCCUGGACACCAUAGCCUACCUUUGUGAUGGUGAUGCAAGAGUGGGACUCAAUAGUCUUCAGCUGGCAGUUCAGGCUCAGAUGUCCCAAACAAACCUGUUAGCGCACAACGGUUCUCCACAAGAGGUACUGGUGACAGAGGAUCAUGUCAAAGAAGGUCUCCAAAGGUCCCACAUUCUCUAUGAUAAAGCCGGUGAAGAGCAUUACAACUGUAUAUCAGCAUUACAUAAGUCUAUGAGAGGCUCCCAUGAGAAUGCGUCUCUCUACUGGCUGGGCCGCAUGCUUGAGGGCGGUGAGGAUCCACUGUACGUGGCUCGCAGACUGGUCCGCUUUGCCAGUGAAGAUGUGGGUAUGGCAGAUCCCUCUGCUCUCACUCAGACUGUUUCUGCCUUCCAAGCCUGUCACUUCAUUGGGAUGCCCGAAUGUGAGGUGAUCCUGGCUCAGUGUGUGGUCUACCUGGCACGAGCACCCAAGUCUGUGGCGAUCUACAAGGCCUAUGAUAACGUGAAGGCCUGUUUGAGAAGCCACAAAGGUCCCCUGCCUCCCGUCCCCUUGCACCUGCGCAAUGCUCCGACCAGGCUUAUGAAACAGCUGGGCUACUCUAAAGGCUACAUAUACAACCCAGCCUUCAGCGGCCCUGUAGAGCAGGAGUACUUACCUGAGGAGCUGCAGGGAAUCAACUUCUUCACCUGGAAGCCCUCAAACCCAUAAGUGCCCUCCUGUACUGACACACUGACCCACAGGAUGAAAACCACUGGUGUAAUGUUCUUUAAAACUGAAGCUGUUGAAUUGAUCCGUUGAGAAAUGUAAGCUUAUUAUAUAAGCUGUGGAAUUGCUUUGCCUGUGUCACAAGCGAGUUAAUUGUAAAGGUAAAAGAAGAAGAAGGAACACUGCGCUCAUAAACACACGUCAGUCAUCCAUCACGCUAUGUUCAAAUUAAAUCAUUUUUAAUAUUUGACUUGCAGUUGCUCAUAGAUGUGUUGGGUAUAAAUGUAUAAAUUACUUCAGAUACAGUAACUAAAUACACCCAACUCACCUUUGUAUUUUCAUCAUACUAACUGAAGCAGUUUUCAUUUUAAAAACUGCCCAUGUUUGGAUUUACCUUUUUCCUGUCCUUGUAAAAACAAAUGUAUACAUUGUUUAAAAUUAUUAAAAUUGUCUUUCCUUAUCCAUUCAA